GGACUGCAGCUUUCCUCAGUGAGGUCCUGGGCAAGGAGCUGCUGGACCCGUCUAUCUCUUCUCUGAUGUUUGUGCCAGAGGAAGUGGUUGUAGUGCUGCAGUCAUAGCUGAAGACUAUCAUGAAGACCACAGCUUGUACAAGAAGGGAGUUCAGUGUCAUCUUCCUCUUUCUGGCUGUGGCUGCCUUAAUCUUUGGGCUACAUAACGUGGAGGUCCUGGAGCAGUUUCAGCAUAAAAUACACUCCACCACCAACAUCACGAACAUUUCCACUGACCCAGAAGUGAAUCACAGCUUCUGCACCUUCCAGCCACUCUCCCCUGAGGACGCUCUGGAGGAACGCCUCCUACUAGACUCCAUUGCUUGGCCUGAAACUCCACCUUUGCCAGCUCCUGUUUCCCUGGAGCAGACCAGUGAUCCAGCUCACAGCACCUUCACCAUUCUCCCAAGGAGGGGAGGAGGACAGUGGCAUGUAGGGGAUCAGCUGGAGGUUAUGAUAGAAAUGUCUGACUUCCAUGGUCGUCCCAAGAGGUAUGGGGGGGACCUCUUACUUGCCCGACUGCACAACAUGAAGCUUGUUGCAGGUGUAGCUGGGCAAGUGGUGGAUCAUCUCAAUGGGAGCUACUCUGCUGUGUUCUCUUUACCCUGGGAAGGAGACGCGCAGGUUAAGGUGAUGCUGGUUCACCCUAAUGAGGCUAUCACAGUGCUGAACAGGAUAAACAGAGAACAACCUGAUAGGGUUUUCUUCAAGAGCCUCUUCCGCUCAGGCUCACUCUCUGAAAUUACCAUCUGUGACAUCUGCCUACGUCCAACCCAGCAGCCGCUGUGCAACUUCACUGACCGUCAUACAGGCGACCCUUGGUUCUGCUACAAGCCAAAGAACCUGAGCUGCAAUGCCAGGAUCAACCACGUCAUGGGAGGAGUCAACUACAUAAUUAAGGGAAAUGAGACGAAGCUCUUUCAAAGGGGUGUCAACUUGAGAGUUGAAAUUAGGGCUUCAGGACCUCCCAGUGUCACUGUGUUGCCAAAAAAGAAAGAUCAACCACAGUUGAAAAGCAGCAUUGUGACAUCUGGACCCUCUGGCUAUUACUACCAGGGUGCAUGGCGAUCAUUAAAUGGCCCCACAGUUCGCCAAUUCAACAUCUCUGACAUCAGUCCAUGUCUGAAAGGCAAGGUGGUCCACAUGUAUGGAGACUCCACCGUCAGGCAGUUUUUUGAAUAUCUCAACGCAGUACUACCAGAUCUUAAGGAGUUCGACCUGCACAGUCCGAAGAGAGCUGGACCUUACAUGGCCUUAGACUAUGCAAACAACAUCAGGGUAACAUACCGCUUCCAUGGUCCUCCUCUCCGUAUUGUCACUGUCCCAACCAGGGAGCUUCGUUACAUUGCAAAUGAAAUAGAUGGUUUAAUUGGAGGCACCAAUACUGUUGUACUUUUUUGUGCCUGGGCUCACUUUGGCCCUUAUCCCAUGGAGCUCUACAUCCGGAGACUGCAGAGCAUCCGCAGGGCGGUGGUGCAGCUGCUGGACAGGGCUCCCGGCACAGUGGUCAUCAUCCGGACCGGGAACCCGCAAGGCCUGACGCUUAAUUUUGCACAAACAAAAAGUGACUGGUUCUCACUGCGGUUCAACAAGGUGCUCAGACUCAUGUUCAAAGGACUGAAUGUUCAUCUGAUUGAUGCCUGGGAGAUGGUCCUGGCCCACUAUCUGUCACACAUGCUCCACCCACAACCUCCCAUUAUUAAGAAUAUGAUGAAUGUUAUCUUGUCCUAUGUAUGCCCUGAAAAGGGCAACUAGAUGUGCAUUUGUUGUGGGGGGUGGUUCAUUUUACUUGAAUUUAAGAUACUGGAUAUUUCAGAUUUGUCACAGGGGAUUGGACAUUUUCAUUUGGAAAAGUAGCACAGAAUAAAGCAUGUCAACUUCUAAACCACAAGAAUUCACAACAGAUGGGCAGAAACAGGAGAUCUACCUAGGUGCAGUUAGUUUCCUGAUAAUCUCUUCAACCCUGCCCACCAGCUCCAAGGCCAGGAAGCCAAAUCAGCCCCAGGAAAAAAAGGCAGAGAAAGGGAGGUCACAGAACUUAAAAUAUUCACAACUGUUAGGCAUUGGGGAUACAAUACUGAAAAAAAUCACACAUCAAUCAGCUGGUUUCUCAUGAACUUGAGGCAAUAAUAUCACAUAUGCAAAACUGUUUUUUUUUUUUGUCAUUUUAGGCUUAAAGCAGUAAAGUCUGAAAAAAUGUCCCAUCAUUCUGCUGUUUUAGGUGUACUGUCAAAGAUUUUGUUAACAUUUGAUGAAAAAUGUUGUGCAAUGGGUGUGCUGAAAAAAUUCUCAGCUCUGUAGGGCAUUCUGGUGAUUUAUUAUGAUUUGAAGCUUGGAAUGUGAAAUAUUUUUGAAAUUUAGAUUUAAUGUAAUAAGCCGUGAUGGGAAUAACGUUAUCUCUACAACUAGCUAACAUUAAUCCACUGUCUCACUGCUUGACUGAGCACCAGUGUAAGCUAACAUUCGCAUAAGUUUUUUUUUUUUUUUUUUUUUUUGAUGCACCGACCCAUCAAAUAUAUGGUAAGAAUACAAUAAAGAUUUGUAGAAAGAGUGAGGAUUAAAAGAUUCAACUUCA